UACACUUUGACUUAGUAAUGACUGAAACAGAAGAAACCGGAACCUGCUUGCUCAUCGAGCUGAAUCGUCAAACCAACCAACGUACAUAUCAUAGUCUAACACAUGAAUCGUGAUAACCUUUUUCUUUCAGGGACAUAUUGUGAGAUUUUAUCAUCUGCAUAUUGGAAUAAUUUUUAAACGAUUGUGCAAGACAAUAUAAGAGAUAAAAUUUAUUUCAUUGAAAUCGAAUAAAAUCAACACAAAAUAAGAAAUUAUUACAUUUUGUGAACAAAGUUGUACACGAUAGUUAAUAUUUCUGAAGGGGAUUUCAUAAAAAGGAUGUCUGCCAGUAAUGAAAGUACGAAUAACACCUGUGUUGUGUGUUACAAAAAUGUUGAUAUUUAUAGCAUUGGUAUGUGUGAACAUCCUGUAUGUUACGAAUGUAGUACUCGAAUGAGAGUACUCUGUUGUCAAAAUGAGUGUCCUAUUUGCCGUCAAGAUUUGCCAAAAGUUGUAUUUACAAAGGAGAUAAAACCUUUCCGUCACUUACAUAAAGGCAACCUAUUAGAUACACGAUACAAUAUCUAUUUUGACACAUCAGAUAUUCAAAAUAAAUUUUAUGAUUUAUUAGCCAAUGUUUGUUAUAUUUGUAAAGAAAGACCUGUGUUUAGUACUUUUAGUAGUUUGAAAGAUCAUAUGAGACAUCAUCAUGAAUUACAUUACUGCGAUCUCUGUGUGGAAAAUUUGAAGAUAUUUUCUCAUGAAAGACGUUGUUACACAAGAUCUGAUCUUGCCCAGCAUAGGAGGAAAGGAGACAUUGACGACAAAAGUCAUAAAGGACAUCCAUUGUGUGAAUUUUGUGAUCAAAGAUAUAUGGAUAAUGAUGAAUUAUUUCGACAUUUAAGAAGAGAUCACUUAUAUUGUCAUUUUUGUGACGCAGAUGGUUUACAUCAAUACUACAGUUCAUAUGAUUAUCUUCGAGAUCAUUUCAGACAAGAACAUUUCUUAUGUGAAGAAGGAAUGUGUGCAGAGGAAAAAUUUACAAGUGUCUUUAGAACUGAUAUAGAUCUUAAAGCACAUAAGGCAAGUGUUCAUAGUAAACAACUGAGCAAAGCUGCUGCAAAGCAAGCAAGAACAUUAGAGCUAGAAUUUACACUAGCUCCACGUGGUGAAAAUCGAAUGAAUAGGAGAGGAAUGUUAGGUCCAUCGACUUCCAGGAAUUCAAGAGAUUACAGCGGAAGAGAUUAUAAUCUCAGGGAAUAUCAGCAAACGGCCACAUCAAAUUUUUCAAAUGUAUUUAUGCCAAACAACGAAUCUACUUUUGCACAGAAACCAUCUGUGGAUGUACAGAGCACAGAAGAAUUCCCAACACUGGGUAACACUGCACCUAUUGUACCUACAUUAAAUCAAAGUAAAGGCAGAGGUAAUGUAACAAUUCGCAGUACCAUAAGACCCCAGCCUCUUGCUGUUACAGACGAAAAUUUUCCUGCAUUAGGGCCAGAAUCAGGAAAUACAAGUAUUUCUAAAACUGUUAAUUUCAGUGUCUCCAGUAGUAAUGUUUCAGGAUCGAGUGCACAAUCUCAAAAAAGUACAACUUCUAACUUGUCUAUUCAAGUAAAUCACGAACCAAAUGGAACUGUUACUACAAAAGUUUCAGGUCCUAAUAUCAGAAUUCGUCCUGCUCAGCUUUCAAUGGAAUCAUUCCCAGCAUUAGGUUCUGCAGAACCAUCAACUAGUAGUAAUACAAACUCGGCUCAUUGGAAGGAAGUUUUGCAAUGGACUUGUUCUAAAUCAGCAUCUACAUCAAUACCAAAAGCUAAAAAAGUAGCCUCACCACCAUUAAUACCUUCUCCACCACCUAUUCAAUCUGGAGAAGAUUUUCCUACAUUAUCAAAAUCAUCUAAAUCGAAAAAACAAUCAACUAUUACAGUAGUUCCCUCCUGGGGUCAAACACAGAGUUCUAAUAACAGUAAUAAUGCAAAAACAACUACUGACAUGACAAAGGGAAAAACGAAAAAGAAAAAAGUUAAACAAAAUUGUAAUAAUAAUACUGCUAAUGGGAAUAAUGGUAAUAAUUCAAAAACAAAUGUAAGUACUGUUGUAGUAAAAAAAGAAUAUGAGACACUGAGAAGUCCCCCCAGUAUGAAUAACACAGAUGCUGCACAAUCAACUUCUCAAUCUAUGCAAAAUGCAGAUAUUAGUAACAGUGAAAAUAUAUCAAAAAAUAUGAAUGUCCAAGUAUUAAAAACAGUUGAACAAAAUAAUAAAAAGGAAAAGAAAAAACAUAAAAAUGUAGACAAUGAAACAACUGUAAAUACGGAUAUUGAUAACAAUACUACUAAUGCAGUACAGAGAAAGCGUACCGAAUUAAAAAUAGAUAGCUUAAAUUCCACUAAUAGAAAUGCCCGACAUUUAGAAGAUUUUCCUGCUUUAAGUGGUAGUAGUUCUACGCCACCAGGUUUCACAAAUCCACCACCUGGGUUUGGAGCAACAACUCCUCCACCUCCUGGUUUUUGUAUAAAAUAUAAUAGUCUGGAUAAAAUAAACAACAGUAACGGAUUAACUUUCACAAAUAGUUCUGGAGAGAGUUACUCUAUCUUGCCAGACAAUAGUAAACACAAUAGUGCAUACAACUAUGUACCUCCACCAGAAUUUCAGAAACGGAACAAAUGUCUUGUAGCCAAAGUUAAUGAGGUUCUACUACAAGAUGAUCAGAUCAAAGAAUUUCGGUACAUAAGUGGAUUGUUUCGUCAAGGAACAUGUAACGCUCAAGAUUAUUACAUGCAUUGUCGUGAAGUUAUGGGUCUCAGCGCGUUUGAAAAUGUAUUUCUGGAACUUCUAGUUCUCCUACCAGAUAUCGAAAAGCAACAGGAACUAUUUAAAGUUCAUAAAAAAGAGAGUGGCAAUACGAUUAAAGGUUUAGAAAUUUGUGCAACUUGUGGUCAAGUCUUAAAGAAUGGUUCUGAUUUUCGAACACACAUGACUAGUCAUACUUUGGAAAAUCAUUUUCCAGUACUGGGUAAAAAUAAUGUCCUGCCUCAAAAAAAUUCUUGGGUACGUAAAUGAGUAUAGUUGUGUUCCUUUAAUUAACUUACAAAUUUUGCCAAGGUUCUGUAAGCUAUGAAUAAAGGAACUGCUGAACAAAUUAUUUUUAUGAAUGGCAUCAGUGUAAGAUAAUCAUAAUUAAUUUAAAGUUACUGAUAAGACCUAUUCCAAAUAUCAGUUUUUAGUGUUAAAAAGAUAGUUUGUACAAAUUAAUUACUAUGUCAUACUUGGUAUUUGUUCAAUGACCUGUGUGAUUGCUGCCUAAAAUAAAGAAAAUUUGUUAUCAAAUGGUUGUAUGCACUAAUAAUUUUAUGAAAUGCAUAUAGCAAAUAAAGUCAAUAAUUCUGUGUAUAAUAACAAAUUUUGUGUAAAUUAAUUUAAACACUUUAACACUUCUGACACAUCCUGAAUAAACACAAAACAUACUAAAAUGCUUCAAUUGAUGCCCUAUUCUGUCAUAUGUUAAAACUACUGUAUAUAUAUACAUAAAUAUAUAUUAUUCAUAAGUAGGAAA